AUGUCGAGAUACAGUUCUGUUUACAGACGUGAGCUGGUGUCGUUAUCAAAUGCAAAACAGUGUUAUCUGCCCCAACCAGGAGUAGACGACUUUGCUGUCGACUACACAACUUCGCUGUCUCUUCUCUACAUCGUGCCUCCUCUGAAUCACAAGAACAUUUCAAGCACGACACCUCAAAUGAAAUUCCUCGUGGCUCUCGCACUCAUUGGCGUCGCUCUUGCUAUGCGUGACCAGUCUAUCGCUGUACGUGGAAAACUGAUGUGCGGUCCGAAGCCGGCGUCAAACGUUCGAGUCAAGCUGUGGGAGGAGGACAGCGGUACUGUGCAUCCAGAACAUUCCGUUGCAUCGUAG